AAAGCCUUCAGCUGAAAACGACGUCCUGUCGACUCCAGAGAACACCCAGGCCGACAACCUGUAAUAUCGCUCCUCUCGCUUGCCGAAAGCAGUCUUCCCAAAAUGAUUACCCUUGUCGUUUCAUCCCGACCAUUUUCUGUAUCGGGUCGAGAUUCGAUUCGAAGUGAAUACUCUUAACGACACGGGUGCUUUGGAGCCUCAGCCCCACAAAGUAUCAGAAGAUCCAGGGUUAUGUACUGUUCUGACCACUUUCGUGACGUGGUCCUCCGACUGGAUCUUGUGACUUCUGCUCAACCUGUGGUCUAUAAACUCCUCGCUGGUCGGUCAGUCAUUCCCACUUCUUGGUAGUUUGCAGCAUCACUUCAGCUCAAUAUUACCGACUCAUCCACUACAUUGACCAUCAGGAUGGACGACGCACAUCUCAUCACCUUGAUGCAAAACGAAGACAUGACGAACGGCUUCUGGAACAACCUCAUCAGUCAACAGUUUCCUUUUCCAGAUUAUCUCGUUGUUCCUGAGUACCAAUUCCCAGGGGGUAGGGCAGACCUCGCAGUCAUCAAACUCGACAAUGGUCGUUUGGUCCUUGUGCUCGAAGGCAAGCGCGCAGGAGGUAGCUUCGUCACUAUAUCUCGAGCCGCUCAACAAGCUGCGAAUGCUGCGGGUAAAAUUGGGUCUACACCUGGUAUCAUCGCCGCGCUCGGCCCAAAGUUUUGUCUUUACAGAGCCGAUACCUCUCCCGUGACAACCUUUGCAGGUGCAGAUGGAAGUGGCAUCUCGACUAUCACGAAUGUCAACAUACAGAAGAUUACGACCAAGCUUCAGCAGUGUAGAGCGUGGAACGGAUCGGGUGGGUGGUAGCGGGUUCAAGCUCUUCCUAUGCCAGAUUCACACAUCACAAUGCUCUUGUUCUCAUUUCGAGUGCCUGAGAUAGAUGAAUUUAUCCCCAUAGUUGUCGACAUGAUCAUCAUUGGCAAUCAAGACUUUCUGCAACACCUGCGAGUUUUGCAUCUUCAUGCUCAUCUCUGCCUUGAGCAUCUCUCCCGCAUUCAAUUUAGCUCCAAUUACAAACUAUUUGUGCCGUGAAUCCGCUUGAUCUCAGCAUUUAAUCCCGAUGAGCCUUCCAAAGAACAAACUUGAGCGAACGCAGGUUGCUAGCUGCUCGACAGAAACCCGCUGCACCGACAAGCGUAGCUUUCAUCUCAUCCUAUAGGCGGAAUUUGACAGUAGUGAGUAACAAAAUAUCAGCACGAAGAAGCUAAGAUCCUCCAACAGCUGUUCAAUAUGCCAUGCGUCAGUCGGUACAAGCAAGAGUCAGGGCUGUGAAACGGUCAAUGGUCGGAUCCAAAGAGCGUGG